AUGCUCCUCUCAGCAACUGCUCGUGUAUCUCGAACCCUCGGAAGCCGUCUCUUCUCAUCUACUUCUCACGCCAACAUGAGGGUCAUUCCUGUCCAAGCCCGUUCUGACAACUGGAUGUAUCUCGUCGUCGACGAGGCUACGGGAACUGCAGCGGUCGUGGACCCAUGGGACGCCACCAAGAUCAACGCUGCCGCGGCCGAGCAGGGUGUCAAGGUGGGGAUUGCCAUCCAGAAGCCAACCAAUCUGGAGCUCAACCCCGGUAUCACGGCGUACGGCGGCUCUGACCAGGCUCCUGGCACAAACACCAUCGUCAAGGAUGGGGAUGCGUUCAAGCUCGGCAGCAUUGACGUCAAGUACGUGGCCCGUGACUCGAUCUGCUUCUUUGUAGAGGACAAGGCCAAGAACCAGCGCGGCGUGUUCACGGGUGACACCAUGUUCCUGGCCGGCUGUGGCCGUUUCUUUGAGGGCAACGCGGGCGAGAUGCACGCCGCUCUGAGCAAGCUCGGCACCCUGCCCGCCGACACCCUCGUGUUCAACGGUCACGAGUACACAACUGGUUCGGCCAAGUUUGGUCUUCACAUCGAGCCUACCAAUGCCGCUCUCAAGGGCCUGUUCGACCGUGCGCAGACUGACAAGUGCACCACUGGCAAGUCGACGAUCGGUGACGAGAAGUCGUGGAACGUCUUUAUGCGCCUGGACACACCCGAGGCCCAGAAGGCCACUGGAGAGACCGAGCCGCUCAAGGUCAUGUCCAAGCUGCGUGAGCUCAAGAAUGCCAUGUAG